CCUGGAGCUGGUCCCCAGGGUGUCAGUUUCUGUUGCGCGGUAGAAACUGUGCCGGCCGCCUCAAAAUGUGGUUCCUUACUAAUUUACCAUGUCAGCUGUAGGAUUUUUAUCUUUCUCGAGUAACAAGUGGAAUGUGUUCCCUGAAUGAAAACAUAGCUAAGGCUGUGUGUGUCUUUCACUGUAUUAUUUUGAAGGCUGUCCGCGUUCCUGCUGUGUGGUGUGCAUCUCUAAAUAUAAAAGGAUAAACUGAGGCAAUGCCACCUUAAGUACCUUGAAUAUGUGGUUCUUGAAUCUGUUCUGAGAAGUGGUCGUUUAAGAAGACUCCAGGAAAUAAAAAAUUGAGUCUUUGACAAGUGAAGAGAGUAACGAUUAUUCAAUGCAUGUGGGUGAGUAACACCUUUGGGAGAAAGAAAAUUGGCUUCCUUUCUUGAAGGUGGUGAGUGUACAGCAGGUAGCUGCAUGGAAGGAACAGUAAUCAGAUGGCCACCUUCUUCACUUUGUGCUAGGAAACAAAAUCAGUUAUAAGAGUCCAUGUUGAUCUCGGAAAUAGAGGGAUUUGAAAAGUUAAGUUUGCACAAAGAACAAGAACUUUACCAUCUCCUUCUUGAUCUGAAGACUGGGGGACCAUGGAUAUUAUAGAGACAGCAAAACUCGAGGAACAUAUGGAAAAUCAAACCAAUGAUCCCGCAAAUACUUACACAAGACCUGCCGAGCCUGUUGAAGAAGAAAACAAAAAUGGCAACAGUAAACCUAAGAGCUUAUCCAAUGGGUUGCGAAAGGGCACCAAAAAGUACCCAGACUAUAUCCAAAUUGCUAUGCCCACUGAAUCAAGGAACAAAUUUCCCCUGGAGUGGUGGAAAACAGGGAUCGCCUUUGUGUACGCUCUUUUCAACCUUGUUUUAACAACCGUCAUGAUCACAGUUGUGCACGAAAGGGUGCCUCCCAAGGAGCUCAGCCCUCCACUACCAGACAAGUUUUUUGAUUACAUUGAUCGGGUAAAAUGGGCAUUUUCUGUAUCAGAAAUAAAUGGGAUUAUAUUAGUUGGAUUAUGGAUCACCCAGUGGCUGUUUCUGAGAUACAAGUCAAUAGUGGGGCGCAGAUUCUUUUUUAUCAUUGGAACUUUAUACCUGUAUCGCUGUAUCACAAUGUAUGUUACUACUCUCCCUGUGCCUGGAAUGCAUUUCCAGUGUGCCCCAAAGCUCAACGGAGACUCUCAGGCAAAAGUACAACGGAUUCUACGGUUGAUUUCUGGUGGUGGAUUGUCCAUAACUGGAUCCCAUAUCUUGUGUGGAGACUUCCUCUUCAGUGGUCACACCGUUGUGCUGACACUUACUUAUUUGUUCAUCAAAGAAUAUUCACCUCGUCACUUCUGGUGGUAUCAUUUAAUCUGCUGGCUGCUGAGUGCUGCCGGGAUCAUCUGCAUUCUUGUAGCACAUGAACACUAUACUGUCGACGUGAUCAUUGCUUAUUAUAUUACAACACGGCUGUUUUGGUGGUACCAUUCAAUGGCCAAUGAAAAGAACUUGAAGGUCUCUUCACAGACUAAUUUCUUGUCUCGAGCAUGGUGGUUCCCCAUCUUUUAUUUUUUCGAGAAAAACGUACAAGGCUCAAUUCCUUGCUGCUUCUCCUGGCCACUCUCCUGGCCCCCUGGCUGCUUUAAAUCCUCGUGCAAAAAGUAUUCACGGGUUCAGAAAAUCGGUGAAGAUAAUGAGAAAUCUACCUGAGGAGCAAAACAAAGGCAUCAGCUCUUACACCAAAAGAGUUAACGCUGUAACCAAAGGUAUAGUUUUGGGUUUUUAUUUUAGAAGAACUGACUGGUAAAGGAAGAAGUGGACCAAAUUUUGUGUAAAUGAUUAGAAAGAUGAACGAAGUAUUACCCUUUGACUGCUUUUCUGAUUCAUCCUGAGAAAGGUAUAUUCUCCUGCAGCCCUUCAUUCAUUGGUGACAAGCCCCCCCACUGGGAUUUUACUAAUGAGCUUCUUAAAGAGGUGCCAAAGAACAUACUAUUCCUAUCCUUAUUCUUUCUCCACUAAAGCCCUCUACAGAAUUUUUUCAGGAUUUUUUUUUUUUUUCCUCCAAGGUCAGAAGAAUUUGUUAAUGUUUUAAAUAAACUAUCUGGAUAUAUACA